AAUUUCGCGAACGUAGAGCAGAAAACAAGUUGAAACAGGGUCGGUUUUUCCUAACACAAUGUAUAAUAACCAUUUCUUUUUUAGUGCAGCCUGUAUAUAGAAAGCUGUAGCUAGUAACUUUUCUAUGGUAAAUUAAAAAUUCCCUAAAAUCACAACUUUCAAAUCAAAGUCAAAACACAAUUUUUAACGGUUCGUGAAGUGCUUUCUUAUGUUUUAAUUGAAAAAUAAGCAACAAAAUGAAUGUUUUCGAGGAACUUGAGGAAAUGUUAGAUAAUACUUUUAAAGAAGUUAUUGCUGCUUUAUCCACAUUUGCUGCAGCUGUAGAUGAAGAAUAUGCAUUUUUUGAUUGCGUAGAAAAGGAUAUUGAGUAUUACAAAAAGGAAGGAAUACUAGUCUGUAGCUUUCAAAAUGAUACUUGUGCAUCUAAGCGUUCAAGUUCACUUAAAGAAAAUGUGCAAACUAAUGAACGUAAUUCCAAAAGACGCACAAGGCGAAAUAUUGAAAAAGCGAAUAUAUUAUCAAACGUGAGCAAUCUUGUGGAGCAUCGUGUCGAUAAACUAGUAGCAGAUGUACAAAUUAAGAUUGAAAGAACAUCAAGAGGUAUUGCAAAUGAAGUUACAAUAAAGCAAGAAGGUGAUAUGCUACCACCUCAAAAUAAACGUGUGCCAAAACGGCGAGCUAAUGAAGUAAAGUUGGAAUGUGUAGGUGAUUCUAUUAUUGAACCUAAAGAUUCAGUGGGUGUUAUAGUUGGGCCAGACUCUGAAGUGAGAGUCACUAGAGCACGAACGAAAGGACGAGCAAAACCAGAAGUACCGGUAGAUCUGGAUGUAAGGCAGGUAAAAUCUGAGAAAACGCGAACAAAAAGUAAAAGGGAAAAACACGACAGUAAAAGUUCUCAAAGUGCCAUUAUAGAAGAAGACAAAAAUGCUGAUCGUUUGUCUCAAAAACAAAAUUUAAUCAGUGUGACAAAUGACGGUGUGGAGACAAUACAAGCAGUAGAGUUUGCAGAACAGAAUUCAGAGCAUGAAAUUAUCGGAUUAGUUGCAGAGACAAAUUGUAAUACAUUUUCAAAUCCUGCAGCUGCAGCGUCCACUCCACAUAAUGUCGAUGAUCUUACGAUUUCAGACAAAGAGAGCCCACAGUGCACAUCUCGUCCGAGAAAAGUCACUCAAUUUUUCACUCCAUCUGCUAGUACUCCUAUUGCAAAAUGCAGUUCAAAAGCAACUUUAUCUAGAAAAGGUUUACCCUCCGAGUUGACUCGGAAUCCAAAAUUACAAAAUUCUUCAUUAAGGGACAGUAAGCUGAAAUUUCUACAAACUUCCGCCAAAAAGGCAAGCGCGGCGAGAGCAAGAACCGGCAGUGCAUUAAAAGCAUCUCAAAUCGAAUUUCGUGAACGUGAGAUGCGUAGGAAACAAAAAGAAGAAGAGGCGUCGCGAAAGAAACAAGCUUUAAUACUUGCCCAAACUGAAGGAAGACGUCUAAGGCGCGAAGAACGUGAGCUCAAAGUCCAACAGUUGAAGAUGGACAUGGAAAAAGAAAAGCAAAGGCAAUUAAAGGAAGCGGAAAAGGCCAGGGAGGAGAAAUUCAAGCAGAUACUGGCCGAAAAAGAAGCCCGAUUCUUUAAGCAGAAGGAAGAGGCUGCCCGAAAACGUGCAGCUGCCGCCCAAAAACUUGACAACAUGCAUCAAGAGGAUACUCCAAAACUGACCCCUGUUUUCUUGACUUGUCCGGCUCCUUUAUUACCGACACCUGAUUGUUAUGAUUCUGAUGAUUCCACUGGGAGAGGGACGUUCGUCAUUCCAGAGUUUCAGAAAAAAGACAACUUAAAAAAAACAUUAUUCCAAAUGCAAAUGUUGAAUUCGUGCACAAAACCGCUAUUUCUAAGAAGUUUUGAAUCGCCUAAUCUAUUAAAGAUUUUCCCAGCAAUUAAGGCCUCGCAAUUAAAACGAACUUCCAGUGCCAUUUGGAACAGAACCGAAAUGUCAGUAAUUGAUUCAUUUCUUGAGGAGUGUUCUUAAUAAUUAUGAAUAAAAAAGAUAUAUUUAUUGUAUGCCUGUAUUGUAUGGCUCAAUUUGAAGAUCGAUUUUUGUUUUUCUCUUUAUACAUUGUACCAUUAUAUAUUUGAUAUAAUGGUUUACUUAAUGUUGUGAGAAAAGUAUGUUGUUUAGUUUGAUAAAAUAAAAUCAUGUACGCUA